AUGCUACCUGCAGAACUUUUGAACGUGACACAAACCCAAUAUCUCCGCAACGAUGCCGUCCACAACUUGCUGAUAAAUCUCACCAAGGAAGAGGCUAUCUCCUUCAGAAACAGAAUUGAGCAGGCCUUGGAAGAUUUCUCUGGCGGCGGUGAACGCCAAUAUCAACCCGAGCCCAGUGCUGUAUGCCGGCCCAACGGUCAACGGACUCUUUUCCGGACCUUCACUUCAGAUUCGAGCGUCGGUGCCAAACUCGUGGUUGAGCCUCCACUCAGGCCCGAUGGCAAAAAGGAUCCCCUGCAUGGCAUUCUCGUCUUGACGGAUGGACAAGGCAAUCCCUCAGGCAUCCUCGAUGCCGAGGAAGUCACUGGUUACCGAACGUCAAUGAAUGUCAUGGUUCCCUUUUCAUGGAGAAAAAAUAUAGAUAAUAUUAUCAUUUUUGGCGGUGGUAUGCAGGCCAUGUGGCAUACCCGCCUCAUCCUGACGCUGAGGGGACCCGAGGUCAAGAACAUCACUUUUCUGAACCCUGUCAAGGACCAGAUUGAUGCAUUGAUUGCCAAGAUCUCGAAGGAGAACGAAGUUCGCUGGAAGUCAAACUGCUCCUUCCAUUUUGUGGACACCACCGCUGCAGACUUCCAGCAGCAAGUUGAGAUUCGCAUGAGAGACGUCGACUGCGUAUUCUGCACUACCCCAUCCAGAAAGGCACUCUUUCCCUCCCACUACCUGACUAAGAGGAGCGGCGGUUGUCGCCAGCCCUUCAUUUCGGCCAUAGGUUCCUGGCAAUCGGAUAUGAUCGAAUUGGAUCCCGCCCUGUUACAUCAUGCCAUUGCUACUGGCGGAUAUAACCCCCAUACCAAUGGAAGCAGUGGAGCAGUGCUGGUGGACGAUGGCAAUUUCGCUCUUGAGAAUGCCGGUGAGGUGGUUCAAAGUGAGAUUACGGCUAAAGACAUGGUUGAGCUCGGUCAGAUAGUCGCUCUGAAAAAGGCAUGGACCGAGAAUAAAAGCUUGAAGGGCAUCGAUGAUAUGAAUCGUUUCAUUUCGGAAGGCUUCGUUGUCUACAAAAGUAUUGGGGUUAGUCUAACGGACUUGGUGGCAGGGAAAGCCGUUUUGGAUAUUGCAAACGGCAAGAAUCACGUGUAA